AUGACGUCGUACUUACCGUUCGCACGGGCGAACCCGCUCCGCACGAAGCGAAAGAUGUCGGGCCCUGCAGGUCCCUGGACGCCGCUGGACGCGACCGACGCCGACUUAUGGCCAGCGACCGGUGACGCGACUGUGGACGGUGGGGGCGGCUGCAGCCCGCGACGCGAGUCGUGCGAGUCGGUGGACUACCGCGAGCUCGUGCGGUUUGUGCUCUUUGCGCUCUUUAUGGUGGCCGACGUGGGCCUGGGCGUCACGAUUUGGGUCUCGUUCUUCAAGUUUGUCGUGGACCCGAACCAGCACCGCUCGCGCGCGAUCUGGGGAGGCGUGUGGCUGCUCCUGGCGGGCUCGUUCUUUUACGUGCGACGCGUUGUGCGCUCGCGCGUGGACGUCCAUUUGCGCGGGAUGAUGGACCACGCCGAGAUCUUUGUCGCCACGUCUCUCGCGAUGGUCUUUUCGGUCAACAUUGCGUUCUACCUGCACGAACCAACGACGACGCCGCUACGGGACUUGGGCUUUAUGCUCAUUCCCGAGCAAGGGCUGCACUCCAAGUGGCGGCCCGUGAGCGACGUCCUCACGGCCGGUAUGCCUGUUGUGUUUUUGCUGCAGACUGCUCUGAUGACGCGUGCGAACCGCUGCCGCAUCGUUUCGUCGUUCUUUCGCACUGCUACAGUCUGCUACUUUUUGCGGAUGCUGACGAUCUCGGUGACGUCGCUUCCCGGUCCAGCGCCCCACUGUCGCGCGGGAAGUCCGGAUUAUUUCCCACCCACGACUUGGAUCGACAUUGUCACGAGUGUUGGGCCAAUUUACGGCAAGUAUAACUCGUGUGGAGACCUCAUCUUUUCGGGCCACAUGGCGUACACGACCUCGGCCGUGCUGCUGUAUUUGCGCACACUGGACCGCAACUUUGCCAGUCAUACGUGGUCGAAGAUGCGAUGGGCGUGUGGCAUGGCAUAUGUUACGGUACUGGCGGUACUAUGUGUUGCUGGCCGCAAGCACUACACGGUCGACGUUGUGCUUGGACUGAUCAUAUCGACGCUGGUGUUUUUCCACUUUGAGCACAGCUGGGUACCUCUGUGCUUUCAGGUUCCACAUGGACUACUGCCGCUGGGUGACAUGCAGCUGGUCUACAGCUCGCAGUUUCAGAAACGCUGCAGUAUGGAUGUGACGGAUGAGGCGCUGAACGAACUGGAUGACGCUGGGGAAGACGGGGAGUCUCGACGUCUGCUCAAGUCACAUGCUUCGACAUAUGACCAGGUGCAGCUCGUUUGCUGA